UGGGUUCAGAGGGGCUUAGACUUCUUCCCUCUGCUUUUUUGCUUCUGUGGUUCAACUUGUUCAUUUCUUCCAUAACCUGCCUCUCUACAUUUGCUAAAAUGAAGAGGGUCCAGUCAAUGGGCAGUAAGUCUGUAACAGGCAGUAGAAACUUUUCAUCUGCCUCACUUGGUGCUGGAGGUGGUGGUGGUGGUGGUGGUGGUGGCGUUAGGUCUAGUUUCAGUUCAUUCUCUAUGGCUAGAGGUGUAGGUGGUGGUGGUGGUGGUGGUGGUGGUGGUGGUGGUAGUGGCUAUGGCUAUUCACAAUCUGGAGGUGGUGGUAUGACUUCCAGAAGCUAUUAUAACCUUGGAGGGUCUAAGAAAAUAGCGAUGUUCCAUGGUAGCCGUGGAAGCAGUGGUGGCUAUGGGUCUGGUGGUGCAGGAGGAGGUGGAGCAGGCUUUGGAGCAGCUUUUGGUGGAGGAGCAGGAGCAGGAUUUGGGGGUGGAGCAGGGGCUGGUGGAGGUGGAGGUGGAGGAGGAUUUGGUGGACCUGGAGGAUUUGGUGGACCUGGAGGAUUUGGUGGACCCGGAGGAUUUGGUGGAGGAGGCUAUCCUGACAGUGGCCAUGAUUUUCCUGUGUGCCCACCUGGUGGAAUUCAACAAGUAACCAUUAACCAGAGUCUUCUAGCACCACUUAACCUGGAAAUUGACCCAACUAUUCAAAAAGUGAGAACAGAAGAAAGGGAGCAGAUCAAGACUCUCAACAACAAGUUUGCAUCUUUCAUUGAUAAGGUCAGGUUUUUGGAGCAGCAAAAUCAGGUCCUCAAAACAAAAUGGAGCUUCCUGCAGGAGUAUGGCCAAAAAGGGGGCACAAAAAAAAGCAGUCUGGAGCCCCUUUUUGAGAUGUACAUCAAUAACCUUAGGCGACAACUGGACGCACUAAUUAGUGACAGAAGCCGCCUGGAUGCAGAACUGAGAAACAACCAAGACAUGGUAGAAGAUUUCAAAAACAAGUAUGAAGAUGAAAUAAACAAACGCACAAGUGCAGAGAAUGAAUUUGUGGUAUUAAAGAAGGAUGUGGAUGCGGCAUACAUGAACAAAGUGGAAUUGGAGUGUAGAGUGGAUCAGUUAACUGAUGAGAUUAACUUCCUGAGAACCCUUUAUGAAACGGAAAUGAAUGAACUUCAAGGACAGAUUGCAGAUACCUCUGUCAUCUUGUCUAUGGACAACAACAGAAGUCUGGAUCUCCAAGGGAUCAUCAAUGAGGUUAAAGGUCAAUAUGAGGAGAUUGCCAAUAGGAGCAAACAGGAGGCUGAACAUGCAUAUGCCAUGAAGUUCCAGCAGCUGAAAGAAACUGCAGGACAUCAUGGCACUAACCUAAAAUCCAGUAAGACAGAGAUAGCCGAGCUGAGCCGAGCAAUCCAGAGACUAAAAGCUGAAAUUGAAAACGUGAAGAAACAGUGUACCAGUCUGCAGACAAAUAUCUCAGAAGCUGAAGAGCGAGGAGAGCAUGCUGUAGCAGAUGCCCAAAAGAAGCUUGAUGAGCUCAAUGCUGCACUGAAAAAGGCAAAGGAAGACUUGGCAAAGCAGUUGCGUGACUACCAAGAACUGAUGAAUGGGAAGCUGGCCCUGGAUGUUGAGAUCGCCACCUACAGAGCAUUGCUGGAAGGAGAGGAGUGCAGGAUGUCUGGAGAGAUUGUGAAUCCUGUUAAUAUUUCUGUGGUGAGUGGCUCCACUUCAUACAAUAUUGGAGGAGGAGGAGGAGGAGGAGGAGGAAUGGCCAUGGGAGGCGGUGGUGGAGGUGGAUAUGGAGCCGGUGGUGGAGGCGGAUAUGGAUCUGGCGGUGGAGGUGGAUAUGGAUCUGGUGGUGGAGGCGGAUAUGGAUCUGGUGGUGGAGGCGGCGGCUUUGGAUCUGGUGGUGGAGGUGGAGGAUAUGGAGGUUCAGGAUAUGGAGCUGGAGGUUCAGGAUAUGGAGGUGGAGGUGGAGGAUAUGGAGUAGGCGGUGGUGGAUAUGGAGGAGGAUCUUCAAUGAGUAUUGGAGGCGGUGGAGGAGACUACGGUGCUGGAGGUGCCAGUUUCAGCUCUGGAAGUAGACAAGGCAUGACCAUUGUCUCAAAAACAUCUACUGGAUCUUCAAGCAGAACAUCAUACUAAACACAGCUUAAGCUAAAUAUCUUCAACACAUGUUUCUUUCCUGUCUGCUAAAAUAGUGACUUCUUCCAUAAUUCAUCACCCUCAAACCACAGAUCUACACAAUCAUAAAUAGUAACAGAAAAUAAACCUUUCAAAAAUGGUUUCCAGGUUCCAGCUUCCAUUAUGUUAAACUGAAGUUGAUUCUCAUACUUUAUCUGUUCCUACACUGAAUAAAGUUCUUACAUUAUAUUCAAACUGCUUAAUCCUUCUCCCACCAUAACUGUAUCUGAACACCUGUCAGGGUUCUUAAGAUAAAGUCUUAUGAACAUAUAGACAUUCACACAAAGAAGAAGAACAGCUGGACCCCUGUGUACAUAUUCUGCCCACAGGAAGGGAGCAAUGAAAAAUACCAAAGAUGUCACCCUACCACAUAUUUUUGUAGAAGAAUUCAAGUUAUUACUAGAUGCCUACAAUACUUCAAUAUAGCUCCAGAGCAAAAACAGGUGUUGUGUGAAAGUGUAUCCUCCCUGCCCUGUCUGAAAUAACAGUUGUAAGAGUCAAAUAUAUCACACCUCCUUCAAAAUGGACUAAUGUAUUCAGGGGAUAAUGACCACAUUUCAUAAUACCAUAGAGUUAAAACUAAUAUACCAAAUAUUGUUAUCUUUAUAACCUGCAAAGGUGCAUCCACAUUAGCAAAAAACAGAUGACGGUUGUUUGGAGUCAUUAAGUUAUGGAAAUCAUACCGCUGAUGCAUGAAUAAUAAUAAUUCCCUAUGUUCCAAUAUACAUUAAAUUACAAUAAUAUGGGAAUUUUUAUUUUAGCAAUGAAAACUACAUGUACUUUUCUCUGAACUGCUAACAUAAUGCCUGUGCUGUACAUUUCCAUUUCUCUAGCACGUUUUGUAAAUCUAGAGCUUUCCAUGAAUAUUCAUAGAUAAUUGGCUCCAUUCUGAAUGGUAAAGACCAUGAAUUAAUAUUGAAUGUUUUUCUACAUGUGUAUAGUGAACAUUCUGCUUAUAUCACCAUACCAUUUUUAAGAAAAAUAUGCUCAGUCUGUAAAAAAAAUGUUAUUCCCUUUGGAUGUUGUUUAAACUUCUGAACUGUCUGUGCUGUUGUCUAAUAAACUGCAUUAUUAACUCAAA